UAUAAUGGCUUGGUCUCUCACUCAGCCCUGGCCAAGUGCCCAGCUAUCUUAGUUUAAACUGUAGCCAACUAAACAGCAGCAAUAAAAGAUAAAAUAUCUAUAUGCAAGGUAGAGCCAUUUACAAGUGGAUAGGCUACUUAUUUGUAGAUUGUUUUAUUUUGGUAAAAAAUCCAUAUUUUCCAGCAUGACCUACAGGACAUAUUUUCUACACUGAAAUCUUUCUAAAUCCACAGUCUGCUUUCUGGAUGCCUUCAAAGGAAGGAAAGGUCUAUUUGGGAUGAAAGUUAUUAUGAGAAAAAAAUGUUUUUUCUUUUGCUUUAUACUUCUGGCUAUGAUAACAAACCAGAUAGUACAUGGACAAAACAGAAAAAAAGGAAAGAAUAUUUACUCUCCUAUGCCAAAAGAUGAAGGUGAUAUGUGUCUUGUUGAUAUAGUCUUUAUCUUGGACAGUUCAGAAAGUGCCAAAAAUCAGUUGUUUGAUUUACAGAAGAAUUUUGUUCAAAAUAUAACUGACAGCAUUUUCCAGAUGAAGCCAGUUAAGUCUCACAUGUAUAAUGUCAAACUAGCAAGCAUGCAGUUCAGCAGCACAGUUAGCAUUGAUCAUCCCUUUACAGCCUGGAAAAAUGUCCAGAAUUUUAAGGAGAAAAUCAGUUCUCUGGGCUUUAUUGGCCAUGGCACUUAUUCCUAUUAUGCAGUUUCAAAUGCCACUCAGCUGUUUAAAACUGAAAGUCGUAAGACAAGUGUGAAAGUGGCUUUUUUGAUGACUGAUGGUGUGGAUCAUCCAAACAGCCCUAAUGUCCAAGGGAUAGCCGCAACAGCUAGAAGUAUUGGAAUACAUUUUAUUACCAUUGGCCUUUCUAAGAAAACAGUCCAAGAAGAAAAAUUGCGCUCGAUAUCUGGUGAUUCGUCCUCUAAACAUGUUCUAUGCCUGGAUGAUCAGAACCUGGUAGUUGAUGUAGCAUUGCAACUGGAAUCCUUGCUCCAGAAGCAGUGUGUGCGGAAGACCUGUGAGUGUGGAAAGGGACUAAAAGGAGACAAAGGUGAUUCAGGCAGUGCUGGCAGCAAAGGGGAGAAAGGUGACCCAGGACCAAAAGGAAACAAGGGUGAUGCUCAAAAAGGAGAUCAUGGAGAGAAAGGUGAAGAGGGAGCUCCUGGCUACAAGGGAGACAAGGGUGAAAGAGGAGAAUGUGGACCUCCAGGAACAAAAGGCGAAAUAGGUUUGCAGGGCUCUGUGGGCCCUACAGGACCUCGGGGACCUCAGGGUAUCAGGGGAGAUCCAGGUCAGCAAGGCCCAAAAGGCAUUCAAGGAAACAAGGGAGAACAAGGCCCCCCAGGUCCCUAUGGUCCUGCAGGACCCCCUGGCAUUGGAGAGCCAGGACCCAAGGGUGCUGAAGGUCGAGAAGGUAAAAUUGGAUUGCCAGGACCGCCUGGAAUUGGUGAGCCAGGAUUACCUGGACCACCUGGCCCUGCUGGGUCACCAGGUGAGAGAGGUCCACAAGGAGAGGGCAUUCAAGGCCAAAAGGGUGAAAAAGGCUCUGAAGGUGUACGCGGUCCUCCUGGACCAAAAGGUGAACAAGUCAAAGGUGACAAGGGUGAACAAGGCCAAGUAGGACCACAGGGCCCACCAGGACCACCAGGAAUAGGCAAUCCAGGAAGCCGGGGUAUACAGGGUCCACAAGGAAUCCCUGGGGCAAAAGGCUCUCAAGGUUCUGGUCGGCCAGGACCAAAGGGUGAACCAGGUGAACCUGGACAAAAAGGAGAAGCAGGACUUCCAGGAAUUAACUCAUCAGGACUUAAAGGAGAUAGAGGUCUACCAGGACCCCCAGGAGAAAAGGGGGUGAUAGGAGAGAAGGGGUUGACAGGGAAAAAGGGGGAAAAGGGAGAUCAAGGUCCAAGAGGCCCAGAAGGACCCCCUGGCAAAGGAGAUGUAGGUCAAAAGGGUGACCCUGGAGAAAAAGGAUCCAAAGGAGUGAUUGGUCUUACAGGACCAAAAGGCCCAGCUGGACCAAAAGGUGAUCCUGGAGAGAGAGGACUCCCUGGUGCAGCUGGAUCAUCAGUUUUGGGACCUCCUGGACCAAAGGGGGAUCCAGGAGACAAGGGACCACCAGGAGAUGAUGGACUUCCUGGAAAUUCAAUAAUGGGACCAACGGGAGACCGAGGAGUACCUGGACCACCUGGACCCCAUGGAGAAAAAGGUGACAAAGGUGACAAAGGUGAAGCUGGACCUCCAGGACCAGCAGGCCCUGAAGGACCAGCAGGACCAAAAGGCGUGGGAGAUGCUGGACCAAAGGGAGACCAAGGAAUUAGAGGCCAUCCUGGGCCACCAGGGCCUCCAGGAUGGGGAAGCAUGGGUCCCAAGGGUAUUAUGGGACGUAAAGGCUUGCCUGGUCCACCUGGCCCCCCUGGUAUCAGCAUACAAGGAGACAAGGGAGAAAAAGGAAAUAAAGGUUUUCCUGGACCAAAAGGAUCAGUAGGAACUGGCCUUCCUGGACGAAAGGGAGACUAUGGUGAUAAAGGUGAUCCAGGGAGCAAAGGUGCCAAAGGAGAAAUUGGAGACCCAGGACCUCCAGGGCCAAGGGGAAUUGGGGGAAUAAAAGGUGAACCUGGUCUUUCGAGGGAAGAUGUUAUCAGACUUAUCAAUGAAAUAUGUGGCUGUGGUAUCAAAUGUAGAGUGACACCACUGGAACUAGUAUUCGUCAUUGACAGCUCAGAAAGCGUUGGACCAGAUAACUUCAAUAUUAUCAAAACCUUUAUGAAAACAUUCAUUGACAAAGUUUCGGCCAACCACGCUACAACCCGCAUUGGAAUUAUCAACUUCAGCCACAGGGUGGACCUGGUGUCUUCUCUGAAGCAGUACACAAGCAAAGAGUAUCUGAAAUCAGCUGUUGACAAGAUGCCCUACUUAGGAGAGGGCACAUACACAGCUUCUGCUAUCCAAGAGGCCAUUCACCUAUUCCAGGCCGCUCGCCUGGCAGUAAGGAAGGUGGCUGUUGUAAUAACAGAUGGACAGGCUGACAGUCGUGAUAAAGUACAACUGGAUACUGUAGUAAGAGAGGCUCAUGCUACAAAUAUUGAGAUAUUUGUCAUUGGGAUUGUACAAAGGACUGAUCCUCACUACGAUGAUUUCCUAAAAGAAAUGCAGCUCAUUGCAACAGACCCUGAUGAAGAACAUGUUUAUGAGAUAGACGACUUCAUAACGCUUUCAGCUCUUGAAAAUAAACUGAUCACAAAAAUCUGUGAGAACGAGUCUGCAGUGUACACCAGAAAAUACAAUAUUUUAUCUCCAUCUCCCAGUCUGGAAACUGAAAUUUCCAGGAAAGAUGCUAACAGCCAGUUACCUAAAAUGACCACUUCAGAGAUUGACACGCUUCCUACAGAAGGAAUUAGUUACCCACACAGUCCACCACAGUCUGGAUACACUGAGCCUCUGCCAUCUUCUCAGGACCACACUGUGACCCCCUCUGCUCACAGAGAAUCUCUACUUCCCUCAGUUGAUAACAUAUCUGAAAUCAGACCCCUAAGUCCAGCUGUCAAUCCUGUCUUCAGUGGAACUUCUACUGAAGAUCACCAGCCAGCUCUGUGGCAAACACAGGUAGCAACAACCCAAAAAAAUCCAAGAUGCUUGGAACCCAUGAAACCAGGGGAUUGCUGGGACUACGUGGUGAAAUGGUAUUAUGACAAGAAUGGCAAUUCAUGUGGCCAGUUCUGGUAUGGAGGUUGUAAUGGUACCAACAAUAGAUUUGAAACAGAAAAAGAAUGUCAAGAAACCUGUGUUGAUUGAUGAAUAAAAAUGACUUCUGUUGGGAACUUUUGAAGCUGGAAGUUCAUGUGUACUGAGGAAGAACUGACUGAGAAGAAUCCAAAAUGAUGUGUUAGCUUGAAAUUAUUACUGCUGUGCUUUAUUGCUUUCCCCACUACUGUCUGCACAUUAACCAGAUUCCUGUACAAUGUAUGUUAACUGCAACACCAUUGCAAUAACUUGAAGUCACACAUACACACGCACACACACAAACACAGGGAGAUGCCUUUUCCCUGCAAAUUUAUACUAAACUGAUACUAUUUCACAUGGGAAUAAUGAGGUUCUAUUUUUAGGAUUAAAAUGUCAGAAGUGCUUACACUUAGUUUUUAAUUACAAAGGUCUCUUAGUCUCAUGGAAGAAUAAAAUAUGCUCUAGUUUUAAACAAUAGUAAGUGGUUCCUGAAAUUAGCACUCUUAAUACAACUUUUAGAGACCUAAAUAAAGAUUUCCAUUGAUUAGAGUUCUUCUUUGGAAUGUAAGUAACACAGGUAUAGGUAAUUAGAGAAGGGUUUUGUCCAUUAUUAAAGCAAACUUGGAUUAACAUCAACAUAAUAGUUUCAAUUAUAAAGGUUGGACCUUCAUUUAGAAUUACUUUAAAAACAGGGUUUUUCAUGUCCUUUAGGGCGGUCAGUACAUUUCAAUUUCUCAGGGCCUCUGGGUUAAAAAGAAAAAAAAUUAUUUCACUCUAAUACUUUAAUGUAUGCUACUAAACUAAAAAAGGGAAAAGCACUGAAAGAUAUUAAUGUUUACUUAUAUCCUUUCUACUUAUAGCCAUAACCCUAUAUGAGCACAUUGUUAAAACUGAAAAUGAUUAAAAUUGGAAGUAAUACCUGAUAAAGAGUCAAGCAUCGUUAUUUCUUUGUGAACAAAAGAAUAGAAUCUACACAGGCAAUAUCAACAACUCUUGAUAUGUUCAAACAAUUUCUUGCAUAAUUUGAAAAUAAAUGACAGGAUGUACUUUGCAAAAUUAACUCUUUUGCAGCAAAUAAGAUGCAAAACCUAAUUCUGUGGAAAUCUGUGCUUGGAGUAGAGUUUAAAGUUUUAAACUUUUUUCCCAAAAAUAUGGCCUUUUUAAAUAAGUUUCGUGUUAGAAAUGAAAAAAACUGAGAGCAGCCCCAGAAAACAUCCUAUUCUUAUACUCAGAACUAAAAUUAUGAUAAUAUGAUCAUAAUAACAUGGUGAACACUCAAAAAACCUCCAAGGACAAAAUUAAUUUCUGUGUGACAUGGAACAGUAAAACUGAAAGAUAUUGCCUUGUACUAUGCAUACUACAAAAAUCCCUGUAAUCCUACCAGGAACAUUUUACAUUUAGCUGGACCUGGAAACUCACAGCAGCAAAGCCCACUGGAAUUGCAAGAGAGAGUAAGAAUCUGCAAGAUCUUUCAAAUCUGUUCUAAUCUUGUGUGCUUGGGCAGUUGCUUCAAGGAUGGGAUUAACUGUUUGUUCAGCUCCAGAUCUCCAGACAAAGAUAUACAUCUGUCUAAGAAAUACUGGGGAUAAUGAUUUUGGGGAUAAAUAUGAAGAUGUAGGUUAUGGGCUUGCAAUAUCUUCUCUAAUGCUUAGUGAAAACCUUUCUGGUAAAGCUGACAAGUUUUAGUAAUUACAAAUAGUGACAUCAUUUGUUACUUAACAAGAUUAUAAAACAAGCAGUUACUUUUUAAUAUGCGUACAAGGACUCGUUUUAAUGCCAUUAAAUCAAUGCUAUACAAAAGACCACUGCUUUAUUUUCCACUUUCAUCUAGAGUUGACUAAAUCUUUUGCAACAAAGAGGGAAAAGUGGAGGCUAUAAGGUUGUUUUAAGAGUUGUAUGCUGUUCAAAUCAGAAUAUCCUGAAAUGAGCAUCCUUUUUUGUUCAGGUCUUUCUGAAGAAAAGAAAGACUCCAAACUCUGAAUGCACAAACACUGAAUGAACAAAACAGACUACAAACUCU